CAAAGAGAGGAGAAGCACGAGGGACGAGACUGACACUUGGGCCUACAUUGCCGCGGAAGGGGCACAGGAGGUGCUGGACGAUGGCAGGCAGCAAAUUCUCAGUCUGGGCAUGGACUUGCAGCUGGAGUGGAUGAAACUGGACGAUUUCCAGAAGCACCUUGAUGGCGAAGAUGAGGAUUCUGCUGCAGCAGAUGCAGUUCCAGGCAGUGUGUUGAGGGAUGCUGUGAAAAACGGAGAUUAUAUUACUGUGAAGGUGGCACUGAAUUCAAGUGAAGAAUACGACCUGGACCAAGAGGACUCCAGUGGGAUGACGCUGGUGAUGCUGGCUGCGGCAGGAGGGCAGGAUGACCUCCUGCGACUCCUGAUCACAAAAGGCGCAAAAGUGAAUGGGAGGCAGAAGAACGGGACCACCGCCCUCAUCCACGCAGCUGAGAAGAACUUUCUCACCACCGUGGCCAUCCUUCUGGAAGCCGGAGCUUUUGUCAAUGUCCAGCAGAGCAGUGGCGAGACUGCACUCAUGAAGGCGUGCAAGAGAGGGAACUCGGACAUCGCGCGGCUGGUGAUUGAGUGUGGGGCUGACUGCAACAUCCUGUCCAAGCACCACAACAGUGCGCUGCACUUCGCCAAGCAGAGCAACAACGUGCUUGUGUACGACCUGCUCAAGAGCCACCUGGAGACACUCUCGAGAGUGGCAGAAGAGACGAUCAAGGAUUACUUUGAGGCACGCCUUGCUCUGCUGGAACCAGUUUUCCCAAUAGCAUGUCAUCGGCUCUGUGAGGGGCCAGAUUUCUCGAUGGAUUUCAAUUACAAACCCCCACAGAACAUCCCAGAAGGCUCGGGUGUCCUGCUGUUUAUCUUCCAUGCAAACUUUUUGGGUAAAGAAGUUAUUGCUCGGCUCUGUGGACCAUGCAGUGUGCAAGCCGUGGUUUUAAAUGAUACAUUUCAGCUUCCUGUCUUUUUGGACAGUAACUUUGUUUACUCAUUCAGCCCUGUUGCAGGCCCCAAUAAACUCUUUAUAAGGCUGGCGGAAGCGCCCUCUGCUAAGGUGAAGCUGCUGAUAGGAGCUUACAGAGUGCAGCUGCAGUGACCAGGCAAGAUGGAGAUUUCUCCACACUUUGUGAAGCAGUUUGGAAUUCUUCUGGCACACAAAGCCUGCCUGUAAACGUCUGUUAAGAUGGACACAGCUAUUGAGAGUCUGUGCCAGAGUCCUGAAAUCUCAAGGCGGAAUCUAGGUUGUGUAUUAUGUUCUUUUCCACAAUGUGGCUAGCACAUACAAGGGUGAUUUAAGAAAAUUAAAGACUUUUUUAACUUGAAAUUUUCUACUAGCCCUGGUAAAUUUUUAGUAGUCCUGGUGAACAGAAGGGAAAAAAAGAUUCAGCCGCAAAGCAUUUGCUUACAGCAAGGGGCCAUCUAUAUUCCAAGUCAUCCAAAGUACCCAAGAACUGAGUGCAAGUGUGUCUGCUUCCUUGAAGGGUGCUGUGGCAGAGGGGUACCGUAACUGCAAUUUCACACCAUAACAAGAUGAUAAUCUGAGUAAGUUGUAGCAGGAAUGUAACGAGGUCUGAAAGACACUCAGUGUGAACUGUUUACCCUUGUCCGUGGGUUCGUCUGGGAAUUCUGGAAGGCCCUUGAGCACGGACCAGAAAGAUGGCUGUUGGUCCCGCUAAGCCUGGUGUCCUGGUGGCCACACUGGGGAGGAGUGCCUGCUUCCAUGGGCCACCCACAGGACUCACAUUUUCUCAAAGCCAUCCAGGAAACACUCAAAGUCAGGCUCAGCCUGGAAUGUGGAAAAGUUGAAAACUGUUUAGUUCAUUGGUUUAUAACUGUAUGAAAUGGUUUUAAUGAACAUUUUAAAGAAUGUUACUUUAUGAUGUUAGACCCAUUGUGUAGACAUUUUAGAGAACCAUCUUUUACAUCCCCAAACUGCCUUUUCCUAGAGUUUUCUCAAUAAAACACCAUAAUGCUGGUCUUUCCAGUU